AUGGACGACCAAGAGUGCAAGGAAAUUGUUGCUCCUUCUUCUGGCGUACACGUCAUUCUUCCCGGUUACUACAGCCCUGGAAAAAUGGGACUUCUUGAUCCUUCUACAUCUGAUGGCCGUGUUAUCUUCUUUCUCCCAUGGCAAGGCAAUACCAUCGCAGGCACCACUGAUUCACCAGCGCCAAUUUCAUCCACUCCGCUACCGGAUGAGGACUCUGUCAAGUGGAUAUUUGGAGAAAUCAGCCAGUAUCUGUCUCCGGAGAUCAAUGUGCGCCGAGGGGAUGUGCUGGCGGCAUGGUCUGGAAUCCGGCCGUUGGUCAAAGAUCCAAAGGCCAAGAACACAGAAUAUCUGUGGACUACUUAUCGCCAAAUGGCAGAGGACUGUGUCGACGCUGCCAUCAAAGAGUUUCAACUUAGUCCUAGUCCUGUUAUCAACGCACCACGCGUCAGUGACACUGAAGUGAUUGACGACGGUGCUAUUUUGGAUGGCUCCUGCCAGACUCACAAGGUUCGCUUGAUAGGCGCCCAUGGUUUUAGCAGAACACUUUUCAUACCAAUUAUUCAGCAUUUUGGCGUUGAGACGGAAGUAGCCAAGCAUUUGACGGAAAGCUAUGGGGAUCGGGCCUGGACUGUUGCAGGACUGUGUAGGCUGACUGGCCAGAGAUUUCCGGCUCGAGGAGAGCGUAUAUCACGCUUGUAUCCAUUUGUGAACGGUGAGGUUCGUUAUGCAGUAAGGCACGAGUUUGCCCAGACAGCUGUUGACGUUUUGGCACGCCGAACCCGGCUCGCUUUCUUGAAUGCGCAGGCAGCUCUGGAGGCGCUCCCUGGCGCAAUCGAUAUCAUGACCGAGGAGCUUGGUUGGGAUUGUCAGCGCCAAGAUCUUGAAUGGAAAGAUGGUAAGCAUGUUCCUCUCCUCUGUCCCUUGGUUGGAUGCGUGCCCCCGUCGGCACUGCAGUUCCUAAAUGACCAAAAUUUUGAAAGAGCAAGGCGGAAAGACCCUGCCUAUACACGACAAGCAUACCCCCCUUUAGAAGUGAUGCAUUUACGCUAA